AUGGCAGAUAAGUUGACAAAGACGAUACAGCGAUUUCAGGCUAAGAUCGAUGCCGGCUCAUUUUAUGAAGCCCAUCAAACGUUGAGAACUAUAACGAAUAGAUAUGUCAAGUCCAAACAGUAUAAAGAAGCCAGGGAUUUGUUAUACCAGGGCACGUCAACAUUAAUCAAGAACAAAGAAUAUGCAUCGGCAUCGGAUUUGCUUAGUUAUCUUAUACAAAUCUAUGAAGAGGAAAAAUUGGACGUUGGUGACAAGGACGCAAAGCAUAAAUUAAUUGAGUUGAUCUCAAGUUUGCCCAAUGAUGAUCCCCUGCUCAAUGACUUGGCAAAGAGUAGUAUUGCAUGGUCACAGAAAUCUUCAGAGUGCAAGGUAUUUGGUGAUUGUGAUUUGCAUCAUUUAUUUGGAACUAAAUUUAUCUCUGCAUUGAAGAAUAAUAGUGGUGCAGGGAAGGAGGAAGAAGAAAAAAAGAGUAAGAUCUUUGCCAUUGCUGAAUUGCAUUUGAUCUUGGGUACUUUUGAGUCGGUUCCUGUUUAUGUUGACUACUUAUAUGAGUUAUCUCAGAAGAAUUCCGGUAUUGAUCCUGGAGUGUAUUUAUCGAGAGCUAUAAUAAAUUAUGCAUAUUUAGAAAAUAUAAAGUUCAUGAAGGAGGCAUUAUCGUUGUUUAUCAAUAAGGUGAAAACAGAUAAAGAAGAAGAAAUCAAGGGUGUGAUCUAUUUUGAAAAGUAUCCAUUAUUAAAUUUCCUACAAUUGUUGGUUGAAACUUUACAAAAGGAACCUCAAACAAAUAGUCAGAAAUUUCUAAAACUAUACGAUUACUAUAAGCCAGAGUUACAAAAGAACAAGUUUUUGGUACCAGUAGAGUACAUUGGUAAGCUUUAUUUCAAUUUAAUACUUGGAAACUCAAAUCAACAAGCCAACAUGCUUGCAAACUUCAUGGGAGGGUUAUUAAAAUAG